GAUUCAACCCUAAUAGAGGAUAUCUCCCUUUGAUUCCCAUGUGCCCUACUUCUGUUCCAAUUAGCAAUAAUAUCUCGGUUUCGGGUGUGCUUUUUUUUUAUCCACCCUGUACAUGUAAUUUAAAACCAAUGUCCCCAUCUACCCAUGCAAGAAAGAUGACUCUAUGAUUUUGUAAUAUUAAUAGCGCUAUUUAGUAAUGUUUCAAUGUAUAUAAAUCACGUUUGCUGCCCAGUAUUCAAACUCAUAAGAAAGUAUUAUGCGGUUUUAAGUGCCAUUGCUAGCUAACGGUACUAAUUUCAGAAUGAUAUAUAUAAUUGUAUUAAUUAACCAGUCAAAGAAUUUUGUCAAUCUAAGUCUUUGUCUAUAGAUUUAAUUAAAGUCACUCUAGACUAUAGGACAGCGACUCGAAUGAGUCUAGGCUAGUCAAAGAUUAAGGUCAAGAAGGUUGAAGUCCAGUCAGUCAUAAAGUGAGUCGAGGCGAGGGGAGUGCAUGCUAUAGCGUCGCUGUUCGCAGCACCCCACAUGCCUGUGAUGAUUCUUCGAACACCCAACAGGUUCGAGAGUUUAAACACAUAGAAAUUAUUAUAGAUGAUCAAAUAUGGAUAUUCUCAACUAUUUACCAGACCAUAAUCGUAUUUGCGUUUCUAUACAUGUACUAAUUAUUGAUUUCGUAUUGCGUAUAUACAUGUAAAGUUAGAAAUAAAGUAAAGUAAUCCUAAAACAAAAUAUAUUGGUCGUGGUAAUUUAGCCAAAGUUCGAAGGAAUUCAAAUCUAAUUUGAACGAUAUGUCUACACACGUACGUCCGAUGUCCUGCGUCAUUCGAUGCCAUUAUCGCAUACUUGGUAGGCAUAUCUGAUGAAAAUGGACCUUAAUACUCAAAUUCGAUUGUAGUGUACAAAUAAUUGAACUUUUGUGAUAUCUCCCACGAGUGUACAAAGUUGAAAUUCAUAACGCAUACAAUUAGGUCUUUACCAUGGUAACAGUGACGUCUGUAAAAGUAUCCGCCAAUCGGAUGCGACGAAAACACGUCAUGUUUAUUUUUUGGGGUCACGCGCACGAGAUGCCUAUAAAACCGGCAGAGGGCUUGAAAUUCUUUCACUUGAACUUGGCGAGCGGCUGCGGGGCUAUACUCGUGAUUUGUUUCUCCUGUAGAUUGUGAUUUUCCUAGUUCUGAAGUAGAAAAACGAAGACGAAGCAAACAAGAUGGCGAUAAUGCACACAUGUUGCUGCUGUAACGUCAGAGUAGGUUCAAUAGUGGUUGCCGUAUACACAGUGAUAGUGUCGGCAGCCGCCCUUAUCCAGAGCGCAAAGUCUUGGGCAGGGGAAGACAGUAUCGGCACAACUCCGUCUGUCACUUUGACAGCUACGUGGGGAGCCUCGAUCGGAGUCAAUUCAUUGCUGCUUAUUGCAGCGGCUUGCCUCAUCCUUGGUAUUUUUAAGGAUGCAAAGGCACUGUUGGUACCGUACAUGGUCGUCCAAAGCCUGUACAUGCUCAUCUACGUGGUGCUGGAAAUUGCCAUCAUUGUUGUCUUGGUGAAUGGAAACUACAUCUAUUUCAAUUUCCUUAACCUUGACGCAGGAAGUUUCAGCGACCUCGAUUUUGCAAUAGUCAAGGACGUCUUGAUCGGCCUUGCAGUUGGAGUCCCAAUCGUUUUGGGAAUAGAUCUUCUGUGUCUUCUCUGUGUCAUCUCACAAUACCAGGAACUUAGAGAUGGGUGUGGCCGAAGGGGUCAUUCCGCACCUGUAGUUGUCAUCCAACAACCUGGCUACAGCACCGGUUUUGCCCCUGCAACUUACGACCCCAGGCCGGCCCCACAACAACAGUACUACAGCAAGUGCUAAGCAGCAAGGGAACAAACUGUACCCGCGAAACAUCGCACGAAAUACAUCGAUCCACUAAAGCCCCGCCCAUUGAUGUGUUGACCAAUUCACAGCCGUGAUUACCGACAUGCGCGCGUGCGCGUAUGACGCGCGCAUCUGGAACAUGCGUAGUUGUCCACGUACGUGCGCAGUGGGCGGGACCUAUAAUGGAUCCGUCUAUUGAAAAAAAAAGUUGACUUGUCUAGAAACAUUAAUGUAUUUCAUUUUGGUGUCUGAAUGGAAUCAAUCGGGGCUUUUUUUGCUGUACAGGAAUCUCGCGAAAUAGUGGGACCUAGAAAGAAAAAAAAAAAAAAAAACCACCGAAGAGAAAAUCAGCUGUAAAAAAAAGUGAAAGGAAUGUUAGCCGACCUAAAGUCAGUUAAAGAUUAUCAGAAGCUUCUUUAUUGCUAAAAGUCUCACACAUGUUCGGGUUGCGCAAAAUAGUCCCUAUUCAAGACCGUCUGCCUUGAAGAGACCUGCACUUAUAUAGCUAGGCAUUUUGUAUGUUUACAUUCUCAAGAAGCAGAUCAUGUGAAAGGAUUCAUUUUGUUGACUUGCCUAAUAUUACUGAUAACUUUCGUAAAUGCAUAAAUGAACCUGCCGGGUUAUGCACAAGAUAAUUAGAAUACCAUGUUUUGUAACAAACACCAGAAAUAUUGUAAAUACUUUCAUAAUCGUUCAAUUCCUGUAUAAUAUUGUAAAAGCUGGAUGUAGAAUUAUUGAACAUGUUUUGGUAUUACUAUAAGAAUUGAAAAGAAAUUCAGAAUGUGUAUAUUUUUUUGUCAUCCAUGGAGUCUGUACGUUCUUAUUAGUGGAGAUAAACGAUCAGAAUAAACGCUCUCGUGACUGUUCAAUUAUCACACAACAUUGAUUAGACUUGUAUAUUAAGUUACACUGUAAUUUUUUUAUGAGGCCGACUUGAGACGAUGUGAAUUUGUUAACGUUUUACACUUGAACUAUAUCACUUUACCUUCCCCUAUGAUUUGGUUUGAAAUAUGAUUAAACUUUGCAGAAGACUUAAAGUAUUUGUCAAUUUGUAGAGUUUUUCAAAGCUUACGUUGAAAACAACAAUUUUAUCGCUAAAAUAUUAUCCAAUAUGCUAGACCUCUCUUGACCUUUUGCCCGUUGAGGGCGGGUCUCUGUUCCACUCCGAAAGCAGGAGUGGAACAAGGAGUACACACAUUGUGCGUUCAUUAAUGUCACAAAAUUUAAAUGACAACAGAUGCCCUAAUAGAAGGCGCAUCGUACAAGGGCUCUGUGAUGUUUCAAGUGCAAACAGUGUAUUAUAACUCCAAAGAAUGUAUUAAAAGAGAAAUUUGUGAAUCUUA